UCGUUUGAUUUACUGAACAGGCAUAGAAAAAACUAAAAAAAAAAAAAAAUGAAAAGCGUAAUAAUCAGCCUCUGGGCCCUGCAAUCGUAAGACGUGACGUUAGAGACAGCGAGGGUGAAGGAGAAAGGUUUUACAACUAUUAAAGGGCUAACAGGGUUUGGGAGAUCAGGAAACAUAGUACCGAUAGGAGUUGUCUCUUUGUACCUCAGAUUAAUCAAAGACCAUGGAUUCUCAGACCAGAACCGAGGAUUGCCUUGGGUGGGCUGCCACAGACCCCUCUGGAGUUCUAUCACCCUACAAAUUCAGUCGCAGGCCUCUUGGAAGCGACGAUGUUUCCAUAAAAAUUAAUCACUGCGGAGUUUGUUAUGCUGAUGUCGUUUGGUCUAGGAAUAUAAUGGGAGAUUCAAUGUAUCCUUUGGUGCCUGGGCAUGAGAUUGCUGGUAUUGUGAAGGAGGUUGGUUCCAAUGUUCAGCGCAUCAAGGUUGGUGAUCAUGUUGGAGUGGGAACUUAUGUAAACUCAUGCAGAGAUUGUGAGUAUUGCAAUGAUGGCGUCGAAGUUCAUUGUGUUAAAGGGCCGGUUCUCACUUUUAAUGGUAUUGAUGAGGAUGGAACAGUCACAAAAGGAGGAUAUUCUAACUAUAUAGUUGUCCGUGAAAGGUACUGCUUCAGAAUACCAAGCAACUAUCCUUUGUCUUUAGCAGCACCUUUGCUUUGUGCUGGAAUCACAGUUUAUACCCCAAUGAUGCGCCAUAACAUGAACCAACCCGGAAAAUAUUUAGGAGUGAUUGGUCUUGGUGGUCUUGGUCACAUGGCUGUGAAGUUUGGAAAGGUGUUUGGGUUGCAUGUGACAGUUUUUAGCACAGGCAUAUCUAAGAAAGAAGAAGCUUUGAAUCUGCUUGGUGCAGACAGAUUUAUUGUCUCCUCUGACCAAGAACAGAUGAAGGGCCUAUCAAAAUCAUUGGACUUUAUAAUAGACACUGCAUCUGGCGAUCAUCCAUUUGAUCCCUACAUGUCACUCCUGAAGAUUGGUGGUGUUUAUGUCCUUGUUGGGUUCCCAAGUGAAGUCAAAUUCAGUCCUGCAAGCCUUAAUAUGGGUAUGAGAACAGUCUCAGGAAGCGCAACAGGGGGUACAAAAGUGACCCAAGAAAUGAUAGACUUUUGUGCUGCUCAUAAAGUUUACCCACAGAUAGAGGUAAUUCCAAUUCAAUAUGUGAAUGAAGCUCUGGAGAGGCUAAUAAAGAGGGAUGUUAAGUACCGCUUUGUGAUUGACAUUGAGAGCACCCUGAAAUGAAGUCAUGGCAGCAAAAAUUAAUUUAUCUUCCACAAUACGGGCUCUUACAAAUGCACAUACUGAAGCAUAUACAAUGAACGAAUAUGUAGCAUUAUUAGCAUUAUUCUUAGAUGAAUGGUGGCCAUUCACUUCUAUGAAGAAUACUUCAGAGCUUAUGUUGUGUUCUAUGUAACUAGAUCAAUAAUUAAGUUGAAAUAAGUGAAUAGUUGCAUCAAUUCCGUUGGAUAGAAUGGGUUUGGUCAAGACGGAAUUUUGAUUGAAAUUUCAUAGGCCUUGUUGUUACCUUUC